AUGAAUAUGUGGUUGAAAACUGGCAAGCAUCAUUCCAUGGAUGCGGGAACUAGUUUCACUACUACUAUUGAAAAUGAACCAGAUGUUAGUACCAAAAAGUCGUCUGGUGAUUCAGAUAUACCCAUUCGUAAAAAGCAAAAGUAUAAUGAAGAAUACACAAAAUUUGGUUUUACAUGGAUUGGUAAUGAAAAUGAACCAAAAUGGUUAUGCAUUGAAUGUGAACAUGUGAUGCACAACAGCAGUUUAAAUCCCGCAAAACUGAAAAGACAUUUGGAAACGAAUCAUCCAACUUUACAAAAUAAAAUUCGUCUUUGUGAAGUAGAAAAUGAAGCUCGAUCCGCGAGAUUGUAUAGAUUAUUACUGCAAUCAAGCAGGAGGAGCGAUACUGAUACACGAUUUUUCAUUAUUUACACGACAAUUCGGAAAAGAACUUAUUUUGCUGGACUGCAAAUACAGAGAGGAUACGGAUUUUUCGUGGAUUUAUUUCGUAAAUCUAUUCCUAUUCUUAGUGAAGUAGGAAAGUAUCUAGGGAGCAAAGCUUUAAAAUUUGCAUCGAAUGUCGAUCCAGAUGUAAUUGGAGGGAAGUCGUUUAAAGAAUCUACAAAAAAUCGUUUUAAACAUGUACGAUCUGAAAUUAAAAAAGACGUGCUUAAAAAAGUGUAG